AUGGCGAACAUAGUUGAACAAACUCCAAAUACAGCGGACAAAGCCAUUUCCUUAUUGAACAGAGGUCAAUUAGAUGAAAAGGCAGUAAAAAAAGUUGAUUAUUCCACUGUCCGUGGAAAGUCAAGUUUGGUUAGUCCGUCUGAAGAGCAAUUUGAAACGCUGCAGCAUAGGCUCAAAGAGCUAAUAGAAGAAGGACAUGGAGAAACCAUUUAUGAUGUAGGCAUUGGAGAUGAUGGAAGCGGCUUAACCAAUGAUGAGUUUGAAGCCUCGGUGGCUACACUACAUUCAUUAGCAGCAACUCAGGAUGCAGACUGUGUUCUUCUUAGAGAAAGAGUUGAAGGUGGAACUAGUACAGCACAGUAUCUUGUUAGAAAACGAUUAGAAUCCCAAGACUUUCUUGAAAUAAGGGUAGCGGUUGUGGGAAAUGUAGAUGCAGGAAAAUCAACAUUGUUGGGGGUUUUGACUCAUGGUGAAUUAGAUAAUGGUCGAGGCCAUGCCAGGUUAAAACUGUUUAGACACAAACAUGAAAUGGAAUCGGGACGUACAAGCUCUGUAGGCAAUGAUAUUCUUGGUUUUGAUAGCACAGGAGAAGUGGUGAAUAGACCAGAACAUGGAUCAUUAGAUUGGGUAAAAAUAUGUGAGAAAUCUACCAAAGUUAUUACCUUUAUUGAUUUAGCUGGACAUGAACGUUACUUGAAGACUACUGUGUUUGGUAUGACUGGACAUAUGCCUGACUUUGGCAUGUUAAUGAUUGGAGCCAAUGCUGGAAUAAUUGGAAUGACCAAAGAACAUUUAGGUCUUGCAUUAGCUCUUAGUGUUCCAGUGUUUGUAGUAGUUACAAAAAUUGAUAUGUGCCCACCUAAUAUACUUCAAGAUACAUUAAGAUUAUUAGUUCGUAUACUUAAGUCACCAGGUUGCAGAAAAGUUCCAGUCAUGGUUAAGACCAAGGAUGAUGUCAUUGUGAGUGCUACAAAUUUUGUUUCUCAAAGACUUUGCCCAAUAUUUCAAGUUUCUAAUGUAAAUGGCGAAAAUUUAGAUUUAUUAAAAAUGUUUUUAAAUCUAUUAACUACCCGAGUUAUGUCUACUGAUAAUGAUCCAGCUGAAUUUCAAAUAGAUGACACAUACUCUGUACCUGGAGUUGGAACAGUAGUUUCCGGUACAACAUUAUGUGGAACAAUUCGUUUAAAUGAUACACUGAUGUUAGGACCUGAUCCCGUUGGCCAGUUUAUUGCUAUCACAGUAAAAAGUAUACACCGUAAAAGAAUGGUUGUACGUGAAGUAAAAGCCGGACAAACUGCCUCUUUUGCUUUAAAGAAAAUCAAAAGAUCCCAAAUUCGAAAAGGUAUGGUAAUGGUUUCUCCAUCACUCAAUCCAUCUGCUACCUGGGAGUUUGAUGGAGAGAUACUUGUAUUGCAUCAUCCAACAACGAUUAGUUCUCGUUACCAAGCAAUGGUUCAUUGUGGUAGUAUUCGACAAACAGCAUCUAUUCUCAGUAUGUCUGAAGAAUGUUUGAGAACUGGGGAUAAGGCAAAAGUAAGAUUUAGAUUCAUUAAAUACCCAGAGUACUUACGACCUGGUCAAAGGUUGGUAUUUAGAGAAGGCAGGACAAAGGCUGUUGGCAAUGUACUAGCUGUGCCCCCUCCGACAGGUCAAAUAGGCGUCAGACAAUCACAAAAACCUCAAAAGUCAAACCCUCAAGCCCAAGGACAAAAUGUCGGAGAAAACGAAAAUCAGCCUGCUCAGAAAUCAAGACGAAGGGGUGGACAAAAACCUUUGGCAGAGCAAAACACUAGAACAAUAGCCAAGUAA